GAGCGUCUCUGGCUAUUGGAACCCUAACCAUGGUCCAUGGUCACCACGGCCUCGGCGCAGAGGAGGUGUGUCGGUCGGACGGGUGUGUGUUUGUGUGUGUGCUGUGAUCGCCGCGGAGUGAGUGUGCGAGGCGCACUCGAUACUUAGACUAAGACCAGUGAGUGGACUGGAGAAGACCACGGGCUGGAUGAUGGCUGAUGACUGACGGAUGACUGGGAGCGAUCGAUGACGGAUCUGCCCGAAGAAGUAUGAGCACAGAUCGCCGCCCGCGGUCGCGGUCGCGAACCAGCCCCGGAUGAGCGGCUCUGACUGCGGGGAGCGGGGACCAUCACUAGUCACUAUGUCUCACAGCGGGAACCAGCAGCCCGAGACCAGGAGGUUCACGCGCGCUCUCUGCAAACCGGGCACGGCGGCCGAGCUGCGCCAGAGCGUCUCCGAGGUGGUGCGCGCCUCCGUGGUCCCGGUAAAGCCGAAGAUUGUGGAGCCACUGGACUAUGAGAAUGUACUGCUCCAGAGGAAGACCCAGAUCCUCAGCGACAUCCUACGGGACAUGCUACAGUUCCCUCUGGAGGACUUCCAGAUAUCAACACUUCGACGCCAAGGAAGGACAUUGUACUCCACAGUACCUGAGAACGCAGAGAAAGAAGCUCAAAGUCUAUUUGUCCAAGAGUGCAUCAGGACCUACAAUUCUGACUGGAACGUUGUUAACUACAAGUAUGAGGAUUAUUCCGGAGACUUCCGCCAACUUCCAAACAAGGUGUCCAGGCCGGACAAGCUGCCUGUUCACGUGUUCGAGGUGGACGAGGAUGCCGACAAAGAUGAGGACACAGCCUCACUGGGUUCACAGAAGGGCGGCAUCAGCAAACAUGGCUGGCUGUACAAAGGCAACAUGAAUAGCGCCAUCAGCGUGACAAUGAGGUCUUUCAAGAGAAGAUACUUCCACCUCACCCAGCUGGGAGAUGGCUCCUAUAACCUGAACUUCUACAAGGAUGAGAAGAUCUCCAAGGAGCCCAAAGGAACAAUUUUCCUGGACUCAUGUAUGGGUGUUGUUCAGAAUAACAAAGUGCGUCGCUUUGCCUUCGAGCUGAAGAUGCAGGACAAAAGUAUGUACCUGCUGGCAGCCGACAGCGAGAGCGAAAUGGAGGACUGGAUCGGCACCCUCAACAAGAUCCUGCACAGCAGCUUUGAGCUCGCCAUGCAGGAGAAGAGGAAUGGGGACGUGCAUGACGAUGAUGAGCUGGGAAAGGCAGACAGUUCCUCCGCAAGCCUGGACAGCUUUCAGAGUGGAAGAGAUGUUGAAUCUAGAAUGCGCAAUGAGGUUCGACUGAAGCUGUUCACUCUAGAUCCUGAUACACAAAAGCUUGAUUUCUCAGGGAUCGAGCCAGACGUCAAGCCGAUUGAGGAGAAGUUUGGGAAGCGUGUUCUGGUGAAGUGCAAUGACCUGUCCUUCAACCUGCAAAGCUGUGUAGCCGAGAAUGAGAUGGGACCAACGACCAAUGUGGAGCCAUUCUAUGUUACCCUGUCACUCUUUGACAUCCAGAACAGCAGAAAGAUCUCUGCUGAUUUCCAUGUGGACCUCAACCAUGCUUCAGUUCGGCAGAUGGUAUCUAACCCAAACAGCCAGUAUGUGAAUGGAAGUGGGGAUGGCCCUCUUGGUGGGCGGAGACCGAUCACCAAUGUGCAGGAGGACCUUCUCAUGUAUCCCAAACAGGGGGUCUUCUCUGUGACAUGCCCCCAUCCGGACAUCUUCCUGGUGGCCCGCAUUGCGAAGGUCUUACAGGGUGGGAUUGCCCACUGUGCCGAGCCAUACAUGAAAAAUACAGAUUCUGCUAAGAUUGCACAGAAGGUUCUGAAAAAUGCCAAACAGGCUUGCAAUAGACUUGGCCAGUACAGGAUGCCUUUUGCAUGGGCUGCAAGGCCGCUGUUCAAAGACGCAUCAGGGACACUCGAUAAAGCAGGCCGUUUCUCACCUCUCUACAGGCAGGACAGCAGCAGGCUGUCCAAUGAAGACAUGCUCAAGCUGUUGGCAGACUUCAGAAAGCCAGAAAAGAUGGCCAAGCUUCCUGUAAUCUUAGGAAACCUAGACGUGACCAUCGACAGCGUUGCCCCUGACUUGACAAACUGCGUGACCUCAUCUUACAUUCCUGUGAGGCCUUUUGAGAACAAUGGGAAGACCAACGCCCUGUUUGAAGUGGAGGAGUUUGUUCCCUGCAUAGCCAAGUGCUCCCAGCCUUUCACCAUCUACAACAACCACCUAUACGUGUACCCCAGACAGCUGAAGUACGAUGGCCAAAAGUCAUUUGCCAAGGCGAGAAAUAUUGCUGUCUGUAUAGAAUUCAAGGAUUCAGAUGAGGAGGAGGCCCAGCCCGUGAAGUGUAUCUACGGCCAGCCAGGGGGACCCCUGUUUACGAGGAACGCAUUUGCUGCAGUGCUGCACCAUCAGUACAACCCAGAGUUUUACGAUGAGAUUAAGAUAGAGCUGCCCAUUCAGUUGCAUGAGAAGCACCACCUGCUCUUCACCUUCUACCAUGUGAGUUGUGACAGCAGCAGCAAGGGCAGCACCAAAAGGAGGGACCCAGUAGAGAGCCAAGUUGGCUAUGCUUGGCUGCCCCUGCUGAAGGAUGGCAGGGUGGUCAUGAAUGAGCAGCAGAUCCAGGUGGCUGCCAACCUGCCUGCAGGCUACCUGUCGUGCCAGGACACCAUCGGCAAGCAUUCCGGUUCAGAGGUGAAAUGGGUUGAUGGAGGCAAGCCACUGUUCAAGGUGUCCACUCACCUCGUCUCCACUGUGUACACUCAGGACCAGCAUCUACACAACUUCUUCCACCACUGUCAGAAGGUGCAGUCUGCCUCCCAGGCACCAGGAGGAGAACUCGUCAAGUAUCUGAAGAGUCUCCAUGCCAUGGAAGGUUAUGUGAUGAUCAACUUCUUGCCCACCAUCUUGAACCAGCUGUUCCGUGUGCUCACCAGCGCCACCCAUGAAGAGGUGGCAGUCAAUGUAACCCGAGUCAUGAUCCACAUUGUUGCCCAGUGCCAUGAGGAGGGACUGGACCACUACCUGCGUUCCUACGUGAGGUAUGUGUUCAGGACAGAGCUGUACUCUGAGACCGGAAUGAAGACUGUGCAUGAGGAGCUGGCCAAAGCCAUGACUGUGAUCCUUAAACCCUCCACGGACUUCCUCACCAGCAACAAGCUUCUCAAGUACUCGUGGUAUUUCUUUGAAGCACUGGUGAAGUCCAUGGCACAGUACCUGAUUGAAAGCUUUAAAGUCAGGCUGUCCAGGAACCAGCGGUUCUCAGCUUCCUUCCACCACACAGUGGAAACCUUGGUAAACAUGCUGAUGCCCCACAUCACCCAGAAGUACAAGGAGAACCUGGAUGCAGCCAGGAAUGCAAAUCAUAGCUUGGCAGUCUUCAUCAAGCGUUGUUUCACUUUCAUGGACCGAGGCUUUAUCUUCAAGCAGAUCAACAACUACAUCAACUGCUUUGGCCCAGCAGACUCCAAGACUCUGUAUGAGUUCAAGUUUGAGUUCCUGCGGGUGGUAUGUUACCACGAGCACUACAUCCCCUUGAAUUUGCCUAUGCCGUUUGGAAAAGGGAGAAUCCAGAGGUUUCAAGCCUUACUUUCCUCCACCACGGAGUCAAGUGACACUCCUGUAGACCUUCAGCUGGACUACUCGCUGACGGAAGAGUUCUGCAGGAACCACUUCCUGGUGGGGCUGCUGCUGCGGGAGGUGGGAGGGGCCUUGCAGGAGUUCCGGGAGAUCCGUCAGAUCGCCAUUCAGGUGCUGAAGGGCCUCAUGAUCAAGCACACCUUUGAUGACCGCUACGCCUCUAAGAACCAGCAGGCCAGGCUGGUCACCCUCUACCUGCCCCUGUUCGGUCUGCUCCAAGAGAAUGUACAGAGGCUCAACGUGAAAGACGUGUCCCCCUUUGGUGUCAACCAUUCAAACAAUAAUGGAAGAGAUGAGCUUCUCCUCCCAAACGCUAUUGUUGCUCCACAGAGGCCAGUGAGCAGCUUGGACAACAACCUGCACAAAGACGUCUUUGGGGCAAUCUCUGGAACUGUCUCGCCGCACGCUUCCUCGACCCCGAACAUUAACGCGGUGCGGCACGCCGAAUCCCGCGGCUCCCUUAUCAGCACCGACUCUGGGAGCAGCAUCCUGGAGAAGAGCCAUGAGAAGACCAACUCCUUGGACAAGAACCAGCCGGCGUCAGCCCUGGGCAGCAGCCUGCUGCGCUGUGACAAGCUGGAGCAGUCUGAGGUCAAGAGCCUGCUCAUGUGUUUCCUGCACGUGCUCAAGAGCAUGUCCGAGGAUGCCCUGUUUGCAUACUGGAACAAAGCCAGCCAGGCGGAGCUGAUGGACUUCUUCACAUUGGUUGAAGUGUGCCUUCAUCAGUUCAGAUACAUGGGGAAGCGAUACAUUGCCAGGAACCAGGAAGGGCCGGGCCCCGUGACACAAGAGCGCAAGUCUCAGACUCUGCCCGUGUCGCGUAACAGGGCCGGGAUGGUGCAUGCCCGCUUACAGCAGCUCAGCAGCCUGGAUAACUCUUACACUUUUAACCACAGCUAUUCUCACUCUGAUGCCGAUGUUCUGAACCAGUCCCUGCUGGAGGCUAACAUCGCCACCGAGGUGUGUCUGACAGUGCUGGACACGCUCAGCAUCUUCAUCACAGGGUUUAAGACUCAGCUGUGUACUGAACACGGUCACAACCCCUUGAUGAAGAAGGUGUUUCAGGUCCACCUCUGCUUCCUCCAGAUCAACCAGUCGGAGACCGCACUCCGGCAGGUUUUUAUCUCCCUGCGCACCUUCAUUUACAAGUUUCCGUGCACAUUCUUCGAGGGUCGCGCCGACAUGUGCGCUUCCUUCUGCUACGAGAUCCUCAAGUGCUGCAACUCGAAACUGAGCUCCAUCCGCAGCGAUGCGGCGCACCUGCUCUACUUCCUCAUGAAGAGCAACUUCGACUACACUGGCCGAAAGUCCUUUGUCCGCACCCACCUGCAGGUGGUGAUUGCGGUCAGUCAGCUGAUCGCCGAUGUGAUUGGAAUUGGGGGAACGCGCUUCCAGCAGUCACUCUCCAUCAUCAACAACUGCGCCAAUAGCGAUCGGACCAUCAGGAACACAGUGUUCCCAUCAGACGUGAAGGAUCUGACCAAGCGCAUCCGCACAGUGCUGAUGGCCACAGCGCAGAUGAAGGAGCACGAGCGUGACCCGGAGAUGCUGGUGGACCUGCAGUACAGCCUGGCCAAGUCCUACGCCAGCACACCGGAGCUGCGCAAGACAUGGCUGGACAGCAUGGCACGCAUCCACGUCAAGAACGGGGAUCUGUCUGAGGCCGCGAUGUGCUAUGUACACGUGGCAGCGCUGGUGGCGGAAUACCUGCGGAGGAAAGGCAUGUUCAAGCAAGGCUGCUCUGCGUUCCGGAUGGUGACACCAAACAUUGACGAGGAGGUAUCCAUGAUGGAAGAUGUGGGCAUGCAGGACGUCCACUUCAACGAGGAUGUGCUCAUGGAGCUGGUGGAGGAGUGCGCAGAUGGCCUGUGGAAAGCAGAGCGCUACGAGCUCAUCUCUGACAUCUACAAACUCAUCAUCCCUAUCUAUGAGAAACGCAGACACUUCGAGAAACUUGCUCACCUGUAUGACACCCUGCAUCGCGCCUACAGCAAGGUGAUGGAGGUCAUGCACUCGGGCAAGAGGCUGCUGGGGACCUUCUUCAGAGUGGCCUUCUUUGGCCAGGCAGCGCAGUACCAGUUUACUGACACUGAGACUGAGGCGGAGGGGUUCUUUGAGGAUGAGGAUGGAAAGGAGUAUAUCUACAAGGAGCCAAAGUUCACACCCCUCCCAGAGAUCUCCCAGAGGCUGUUCAAGCUGUAUUCAGAAAAGUUUGGCCCAGAGAACGUCAAGAUGAUCCAGGACUCGGGAAAGAUUAACCCGAAAGACUUGGAUUCGAAGUAUGCAUACAUCCAGGUGACCCACGUGACGCCGUUCCUGGACGAGAAGGAACUUGCAGAGAGGCGCACGGACUUCGAAAGGAGUCAUAACAUCAGGCGCUUUGUGUUUGAGAUACCUUUCACCACCUCUGGAAAGAAGCAGGGCUCUGUGGAGGAACAGUGCAAGCGCAGGAUCAUUCUGACUACCACACACAGUUUCCCAUACGUGAAGAAACGCAUUGCGGUCAUGUAUCAGCACCAUGCGGACCUAAGCCCCAUUGAAGUGGCCAUCGACGCCAUGAGCCACAAGGUGGCCGAGCUGCGUGAGCUGUGUUCUGCCAAUGAGGUGGACAUGAUCAGGCUGCAGCUCAAACUGCAGGGCAGCAUCAGCGUUCAGGUGAACGCCGGUCCACUGGCAUAUGCUCGAGCCUUUCUAGAUGACUCCAAUAGCAAGAAGUACCCCGAGAACAAGGUGAAACAGCUGAAGGAGGUGUUCAGGCAAUUUGUGGAGGCAUGCGGCGAAGGCCUGACCAUCAACGAGCGCUUGAUCAAGGAGGACCAGCAGGAGUAUCAUGAUGAGAUGAAGGCCAACUACCGGGAUCUGGCCCGCGAGCUGUCGGACAUCAUGCAUGAGCAGAUCAGCACAGUGGAGGAUGGGUUAAGGAGCCUUCUGCCAGACUCCUUGCAUAUCUUUAAUGCCAUCAGUGGCACACCCACGAGUGCCUCCAUCCAGGGUGUCCCGAGCUCAUCUUCAGUGGUGUGAGGAAGCCUCUGACUCGUAAAUUCCGACCUUCCUGAUCUUCAGCGCACUCCUCACUUAGAGAGCAGCACUAAUGUUCUAGGAGUUGACCGCAACCUGUUGCCUAAGGGCAGUCCAGGAGAGUGCAGGAGCAUGGAAAAGAGAGGGCAGCAUCACAAUUCACUUUCAUGCCUCUUCAGUGAUCCAGUGCAGCAUGUUGUCUCUCAAGGAACAUUAGACAAGAAGCUCUGUCUCAGUGGACAUUAAGAUGGGGAAGUCCCACAGAAAACAGUGUGGAAAUAAAGGAGAGGAGGAGGAUCCACUGGCCCUGAAAAGGCACCACCUGUGCACCACCCAUUCUUGACUUUCAAGGCCUUUGUGUCAUUUCCUGUGGAUUCUUUCAAACAUUUAGAACAAUUAAGGCAUGCAGUUUUUCCAUGGGCACCUCUAGUUCCUUUUCCUUCUUUCUAUAGUUUUUUAUUUGAAAGAGUCAGGAUUCCCAUCAAUAUUUUUGUAUGUACAGUAUUAGUGUUUAAGGUGAAUAUUCGUCUGGAUGAAGAAAAUAUACAAUUUUUAAAUGUGUGAGCAAAUGGUCUUUGCACAAUAGAAUAUGAUUGUGCGCACCUGUCUGUACAUGGAGACGUAUUGUAUUUCUACUCAAAGGCAUGUGAUCUAAUGGAGCCCUUCCACUGAAAGCAUUAGCCUUCUGCUUUGAGUGUGUCAAGGAUACACAGCAGUGAAACAGGAAGCAUGUGAGGUCGUGUAACGAGUAUAUUCUAUGCUCACCUGUGUGUAAAAAGGAGUGUAAUAUUGCUGUCUUUUGUGUGGCGUCCUGCAGUGUCCCAUUUGAACGCUGUAAGGACCGAGUCCAUCCUCCUUGCCAAAGCAAUGGGGUGACAGAAAGAAUAUCAGUGCAUUUGUAGCAAGAGCCAGCUGUAAUAUGAAACUUCCAUCAUUUUAACGUCCAUUUUAUAGUUAGUCAUUUUAUAUUUUGGACAUAUAGGGUUUUUAU